AUGCGCACUCUGAACGCGCUGCUCCGUGUGAAGGGCAUCGCGUCGGUGGACAGUGUGCUGUGGAGCCUGACUGGAGACCAGGGGGCAGACUGGAGACAGGCCAACAUCAUCAUCAACCCCAGAGGACCCUUCCAGGUGGUGUUUGAGGGUAUUCGGGGAUCGGGCUACGAAGGGGACAUCGCCAUCGAUGACGUGUCAGUCAGCAAAGGGAAGUGCAAACUGGAGAACCCUCUGGCUAACACAGUUCUGAUUGGUGGAGCCCCAGCGCAGCGCUGUCUCCCAUUGGGCAGCAUGUUGCUGCUGGUUCUCUGCUCCCGCCUCCUGCUGCUCUACAGAUGAUGAGCGUCUCCCUGAAGACUCCCUCAGUCUGCAGAGACACUGCCCCAACUCCACAUCUGCUCUCCUCGCCCUUCCCUGGCUUCACCUUCCCUUCCCACACUUCCUCGUUUUCCCCGUCCAGCGCCAUUUUGUUUUACUGCGACCCAUCCCUCAUGUAUUCACGUCACUCCAACUGCAAGUAUAUCUGUGUCUGUUGCAUGUGUAUCGCUUGACUUAUCUCGCCAGCGCUGCACAUUUAACACAGUUAACUGUUUUCCUUCAGUCUUCAUAACCAAGCAAGGGUUGACUUGACCUUGGUCAUCCCACCACCAUCCAGCAUGUCACCCCCAUCCUACUAACCCCAAACCAUCCAUCCCUGUACAUCCCCCCUUCUCUCACACGCCCUAUACUCUUCCUUCACCCCCCCCCCCUCAUCUCCACUCACCAUAACCCCCCCCCCCCCCCCCUUCACCCCAGGCACACCAAAGUGUCAAACUCUCUACCAAAGAAGACGCAAGAACCAGAGGAAGCGAGGAUUGAGGGAGGAUUGAGGAGGGGAAGGGGUGAUGGAAAGAACCCCUUUUGUUCGUGGAAAGCCGCUCCAUUUGGGCCAGGGAACUGCUGAACGACAGCAGAGAUAAAGAAGGAUGGAAAUGAUGGAGGGAAGAUUUCGAGACAGAACAACGAGGCGGGAAAAUGAGAAGGAGUUCCUUGUGGCCUCGCCUCUGACUGGGGCGACAGACGUCCUGUGUUGGGCUGGGCAAUACAUGUACAUUUAUCUAUAUAUGAUAUAUUACAAAGUUUAAACAAACACUUAGACACACAGUGACAUCACAGGAAAUGACUAAAUGAAAUUAAAGAAGCACAAGUUUAUACAAUCUCUCUUUUUACGGGGGGGUUUUCCUCUCUGUGUUGUGUUCAAUUUUGUCCUGGGUUGAAAAAUUCAAGGAUUGAUAUAGCUCAGCAAAAGAGAACCGUGUUUAUAUUUAUGGUUACUGUAGGUUGAGGUCGUAUUUGGUGACUUAACCGCUACAGUGCGUCAUGUCUCAACGGAAGACUUGUUGGAAAGGUGGCAGUGCUGUUCCAUCCUGCCGCUACCCUCCCCCCACCACCAACUCGUGGGAAUCGGUUACCCACCCACCUUCCCCACCCUUCACCACCACCCUCAACUGCCCUGCCUCCUCAGUCGAUACACACCCACUGACGCGCUCUUCAUGCGCUGCUACAGACAAUCCCCUCUCCCUCUGGGGCUUGCUCCAGACAGUUCAGCAGGAUGACCUUGAGAGAGAGCACACUUCCUGUUUACCCUCCCUCAGACAGGAAGGAAGUCGGGACAGGAGACCGGGAUGAGACAGCCACGACUACGAGGACAGGAAGUGCCCUGCUGAGGUGCUGCAGGCUGAGGUGCUGCAGGCUGAGGUGCUGCAGGCUGAGGUGCUGCAGGCUGAGGUGCUGCAGGCUGAGGUGCUGCAGGCUGAGGUGCUGCAGGUUAGGAGCUGCAGGUGGACCAGGACAUGGAGGGGUGGAGGAAGGAGGACGAGGAACGCUCCCGCUCCCGAGCGUCGAACGGAGGGAUUCAACUCCAGAGGGUUUCUGAACAUGAAUGUUGUCUCUAUUGUUUGACCUCUCAGUAGGAUGGCUGGGCUGGGAGUGGAGGCUGCUCACCUGGGCUGGUGUACCGUGUGACAGGGUCAGAUCAUGUAGUUUGAAUGUAUGUCCCAGAACGUUCGUCUUACUGUUUCAACCCAGCACUGAGGUGUUCAUUGACUCAAUGCAAUAUAAUACACAAUCAAAGAACAUCGUCACUAGCAAAGACACAAUUGGCCUUAAUCUCAAGAUUAAUACAACGCAUCCAUCGCUUGAUCAAGCGUCUUAAAAAAAACUGCUGUAUGCAUGAGCGAGGGUUUGGUCAGUGAUCCUCUGUGUAACUCCACUCUUGUCUAAUCCAGUAAAGGGGGUGUACAGAUCUCCAUAACAGAGCCUGCAACUUGGAACUCUGCCUCUGCAGUUUAACUCGACCACUUUCACCCUCCAGUGAAAAAGCGGUUUCAUCAACCAGUUCACGUGGUCUGAGCUCCUGCUUCGUCUGUGUGUGUUUGAAGACCAACUCCAACCUCGUUCACUCACCUUGGACCAGGAAGUGACCAGGAUAGGCCCUGUGGGACCCUCAUCCCCUCCUUGCUUGCGCCUGCUUGUAAACUUUGUUUGCUCAUCGUGCUCCCAUGAUGUCACAUGAUGUCAAAUGAUGUCACAGGCAUCCGCAAUGAAUGUCUGGUAUGUUCCCCACCCAAAUGUUCAGAUGUCUGACAAUCUGGGACACAGAGCAACCGAGUCCAUUCCAAUAAGUUCUUCUUAACGUAACGAUGGCAAAGCUGCACUCGUGUAACCAACGCCUAACUGUCACCUGCAUUCGUCCUAUACACACACUCUGUGUGUGUGUGUGUGUGCCGUCUCCUGUCGCUCCCCUGCAGUGCUGUGUUGGUUAUGCAUUCAGUGAGUCAGUGUUCAGCGGUGAUGACUGUGCUGUGCUAAGAACCACAACUCAUACCUGUAUACCCAUAUUUAGAGUGUAACCAUGUUUAGAUUUCAUUAUAGGCUGGAGAAAUACUUAGUACCAAUGCCUGACCUAGGACAGAUUUAAGUUACAGUCAACGUGGCAUGGGAAAAUAGUAUUCCACAUAUAUAUACACUUAUAUAAAAGACCAAAAACCGCUGCAAUUGCUGCAUUGUCAGUAUAUUUGAUCACAUCAUGUUUGAGAGUUCGGACUGAAUUAAGUGUAAACAGUACGACAUGGAACAAUGCACUUCUGUCCUACGUCAGGUACUGGAAAACAAAUAAACAUUGCCUUUUCCCUUUUUGUGAGUCAUACCCAUUUAAGAUAGUUAUGUAAUAGCUAAGCAUGUCCUUAGCAGUGUACAUCUGACAUACGAUAUAAUUAGAACAUUGAGGAGGCAAGCCGCCGGUUUAAGUGUCGUUUUUACUGGAGGAACCUAAAUCAGAGAAGGCUGAAGCCUGUAAGGAAGUAUACGCUACGUGUGAGAUGACCUACAUCUGUAGGGGAGUUAAUCACUGCUAGCACUAAUAACCGUCAUGGACCUACCACCAAACACCCCUUAGUGGUGAUUUAGUAGUAUGACCCACUUUUCAUAAAGUGCUCAGUGUAUAAUGAUACAAUGACAGCAUGUCAUGACAUAUGUCACAGGCACCUCUUAACACAGUGGAGUUGUCUCGUGAAAACCAUUGGUUCUCACUGUUCCUUGAUUGCCUUCCCUGAACUGAUGGCUUACAAGGACAGUAAGACGUGGAAAUGGUUUGCUAGUUAGUUAGUGCUAACGUUUGAAAGGGCAUGACACGUGAGAGUUGUACAGUUGUAUUGCUGUACGGUCAAAGGGCCUCUUUUUUGACCAAACCCAAGGUCUGAACAAAACAGACUAGUUCUCAAUGUUUUUAAAACACCUGCGGUUCUCUUCUCACUCCAAUAUGAUUGAUUGGAAGAACUUAGCCUUGACAACAUCCACAUAUUCAGAAUGGCAUCUGUAUUCAUCCACCAAAUUAAUUAAAUGCCACAAUGGUCUGAUAGAUUACACUCUCCAAUGUAUGCCAAGAAAUGCCUAACAUGUUUUUGUAAUGACAAAUCAGUACGUAGGUCUUUGGCCACUUUGAAUCGAUUCACUCCAUGUACGUUGCAGACUGUGGCUAUGCAGAAGGGUGUGGAAUUAUCAAACUCAUGCAUCUUCGCGUAAAAUGAUUGUACAUCUCGUUGUCUGUACGCCGUUGAAUUCCAUUCCACUACUGCAACGCAAUUUGUCUAUACUUCAUGGGUCUAAAUCAAGUCAUUAAGGAGUAGCUAUUCUGUGUCGUUUCUGGGUUGAACAUAUGGCUCUUGAACUGUGUACAGUACGUCAAUUCUUGAGAUUCAGAUCCUGUCGAUGUUUCGUUGAAUUGUCUCUGGAAUGCCCACAGAAGGAAUCCGUGUUGGUUUCACAUGUCCUCAACUGCUCUGGACUCAUCUAACAUUCAUCUCUGCAGGUCCUUGUCAGACAAGUUCAGGAUAUCCAUCCAACGGCCAAUAUUCAUCCACCUCAGCCCAGUUUCUCCUCAGUGAGGUACAGAGUCUAAACCCCUCUGCUGGGUAUGCCAGUACUCACACAUCAUUACAUGCAGUACAUCUUCUCCAGGUUAGGUCCACACCAAUCAGUCAUGACACUCAGCCCUUCUCUGCUGUUACACAAAUGCACACACCUACACACACGCACACACUAACCUAAUACUGUACAUGAAGUGGACUCACACACAAACUACAUACAUAUUUAUAUACACGUACACACAAACACACACACUCGGUACACAAACUGGCAUUUGUAUGAAGGUUAACAGACACAGCGGAUCUGACUGACUGACUGUUGAGUUUUGUACGGACUUGCCUACACCAUCAGUCAAGCUGCUAUGGAGGAGCGAUGUGAUCAGAAAGCAGUCAGUGCAGGUGUAGAACGUCCCCCACACCUGAGAGGGAGAGAGAGAAGGGGAGAGAGAGAGAGAUGGAGAGAAGAGUAUAAAGUUAGCAGUGCCGGCUGUUGUAUAUUCUGUCAUGAUGUAAUGAAAUAUUUUAGAGGAAAAAUAUAUUUGAAAUAUGACUCUGAAAUGUAUAAAUA